UAACACUUAAUUACCACUUGCAGGAGCCAUUAAAGUGGAACUGGGUAAGGGGAUGCGCUACCUGCAGAAGGUGACUGAGAGGGGCAGGAUGGUCCUCCCCUGGCUGGAGAAACUGGAGCUGGAUUAUUCCAAGGAGAAAGAUCCCGUCAAGCUCAAGACUGGAGAUAAUGCGCAGCUUCAGGUGAGGAAAUACAACGUUGUGGCCGAGAUCUCCCGAGGCAGGUUCUCCGUCAUCUUGAAGUGCGUCAGAUCGGACGAUCAACGCCAGUUCGUGGCCAAGGUGCUGGAGAACAAGGAGACUGACUACACUGCCAGGGAGGAGUACGAGGUAGCCAAGUUCCUCAGACACGAGAGGAUUGUUCAACUCUACGAGGCUUAUAGUGUGAGCAGUGUAAUGGUGUUGAUUAUGGAGCCCCUGUCAGGUGUGGAUAUACUGACGUAUCUGGCCAUGCAGUAUGAAUACUCUGAACAACACGUGGCCAUCGUGGUCACUCAGGUACUGGACGCCCUCUCGUACCUACACUGGCGCGGGUACUGCCCUGACCUUCAACCAGACAACGUUGUGCUCACGUCUACUCGCCGCUGUGACGUCAAGCUGGUGGACUUGGGCAGUGCUCAGAAGGUCUCCAAGCUGGGUUCCACGGUGCCCCUCAGCGGACUUCUCGACUAUACUGCUCCUGAAGUGCUGUGUGACCAGCAAGCGUUCCCCAACACCGACAUCUGGUCCCUGGGCACUCUCGCCUAUCUCCUGCUCUCUGGCACCAGCGCCUUCAGAGGGGAGGACGAAGACGAGACCAAGGCUAACAUCCAGUUCGUGAGGUACAGGUUUGAGAACCUGGCAGCCAACACCACACAAGAAGCUAUACGUUUUCUCAUGCUCAUCUUCAAGAGAGACCCCAGCAAACGGCCUAACGUAGAAGAAUGUAGAGAACAUAGAUGGUUGAUGGAGAACGACUUCCUAGCUAAGAAGAGAGAACGAGCCACAUUCUUCGGCAGUAGACUCUGGGAGUACGACGCAUCUUACCACAGAGGGAGAGCAGCAGUAGUUACCAAGUCUCCAGAUUUGCUUAACUUCAAUAACGCCAACCUUCCCAGUGUUUACGACCCCGACAAGCUGUCUGAGGUCUAGGACACCGCCGAUGCCGCUUCUCCAACUCUCGUCUUAAGAGCUUCUCGCUGUCAUGUCUUAGCAACAAGUGUCGAUACUGAAUAAAUUUUUUAUCAUUGCUGCAUCGGGGACCUUUCCCGGUGGCCACUGGAGUGUGUGGGAGCAGAGACGACCAUGAUGGCACCAUCUUCACAUCUUUUGAAGACUUAUUUUCUCGUCACAAUCAUUUCAGCCUCGCAUUGCUCCUGACCUUCAUGCUGUUGAAGUGAACUGUGUGAAGAUCAUACAUACUCAAUGGCGAGUUAUUUAGCCAUGGAAGCGCUGGAGGUGGCAGCUAGCCGUCGUGGACCCCAGAUACUGACGCGGCGGACAGUGUGUGUAGUACUAUCAUAUCCACAUCCAUGCUGUAAAUCCGCCUGGAACAUACCUCCAGUGUCGACACAGCUAGCUUCAAGACAAGAGAAUGGUGUAUCACGAACUGUUGACUGGAUGGUGAACGAGUUUUGAAAGAAAAAUUUACAAUGUCCUCUGUGUUAGUGCAAGUGUCGAGCUCUAUAAGGGAAGGACUUUAACAAGCGACACAUCCCUUUUGAGUUUUUUUCGUGCAGCGUUGUUGAAGUAUCUGAACUCAGCGAUAAGUCGUUCCUCUGUUUUGUAUCGCACUCAGAGUACUGGAACAUUUCAUCUGACUUCGAUGAUCGUGUAUCUUGUCCAUCCUGGGUGCCGAUUCCACUGGGUUACAUGAAAGAGAACUACUGGUCAUUAAUAAGAGUUAAAUAUUUUGAAAUGAAUUUGUGUUCAGAUAAUUACUCGAGAUGCUUAAAAAAAAUAGUCAAUUCAAAGUUACUUUUUAUACACACAAUAUUUAACAGAUUUUGGCGAGAUAAGUUUUAUUGAAACGUAUUUCAACACUGUUCCUGUGACCUCGUCCAAACAUCUAUUUCAGGUCACAGGUAUUAUGACCUUGAGUUUAUGAAUGGUAAGAAACUAAUCAGUAGAUUCAGCACUGUCUCCAGGAUACUUGGACUUAGGGAGGAAGAAAAGGUCGGAUAUUGAUCAAAUAUCUUCAGAGAUGAGAGAAUAAGGUCCAUAAUUGGGCCAUUUAGUGCGUUUGUGAGAGUUGAGUGAACCUGUGUGUGGUCUGGAUUACUGUAAGAGUAAAACGAGAUUAAAGGAAAAAAUAUCCACAGAGGAAGACCUUAACUUCGAAGAAUCAAUACAAGACUGGGAAAUAGUCGUUAAUCAAACUCUCCAAGGCAGGGAAAAAGAAUGAUAAUUCCUUGAAGAGCUUUCUGGACAAGGUAAUCUUGAAGAUGUUAACAAUGAGAGAGUAUUUCAGACAUUCGUUUACAGAGUUUUAAUAAAACUCGAAUAAUGGCUUCAGUUAUUAUAAAGAGGUGAACCCGUAUGGGUCACGAGCACAAGAUACCUUCGAAGCAAGGUAACUGAAUUUCACUGAAAAUAUUUUGGAUAGGUUCUGACAGCAGUCAAGAGAGAAUUUAACAGCAUCUGUAGUGAAGUGAAAUUAAAAUUUCCUCAGAGAAAUGUAACUACAGAUCUCAGUCACCAUAGUCAGCAGUAAAAGAUUUUUCUAAUGUAUAGUGUGAGCACUAUAAGAUGAUCUAUUGUGUAUGAUAGUUAUAGUGCUCCAGUGUUUGGGUUAUUGUCCUGUGUGGUAACAUUGUUCCUGUCAUCGCUUAUUUCUAGAUUUCUGAUUACUCAUUAUAGUGGCGUCAUUCACGGCCGCGCUUGGCUAUUGAUUGACGCCAAGCAACUGCUUGUAAACAAAGAUGUACAGAAUAUGGAACGAGAAAGAUGUAUUAGUUUUGAUUUUUUGAAAUACACAUUGAUGUCUUU